GGACAGGGAGUGGGCGUUCCCAGCCGGUAGAACUUUCUAAGUUUAAGGGAACCCCUGGAACUUGCUGUCUGCGCUUGGUUUUCUGAUAGGGGAAGGAACUUCGGAUGCAAAGGAUGCAUUUCUCAUUAGCGGGUUCCUUAGUUCAGUUCAGGAAGAGGGUCACCUCUUCCUGCAGAUUGUGUGAUCAUCGGGUAACCCUCAAUGACACUUUCCUUGUUUGAAUGCAAAUCGACCCACUAAGGGGCUGCCCUUAAGGUGUCAAAAACUCCCCCAUCGAUCGGUGGUCCUGAUGCGUGGAUAAGGAUCGUGGUGUGAGGUUUGUGCACCCGUCACUCUCCAGUGGAUCUUGCUGAUUCAAAUGUGAAUGCUUCUACUUGAUCUCAAGCAGUCUCGGAGAACAGCCCUCCGUGCCUGGUCUUGCAAAGGGAAAGUUGUAGGAAGUUGGUGAAUGUGGUUUAGAAAAGUCUUUGGCCUUCUGAUUUGUUUCAAGAAGGUGGAAAUCUGAAAUGGAAUUAAAUAAAUCUUGGAGUGGAUGUGGUUUGAUGGGGGUGAAGCACUUUGCAAAUUUUUGAUACAUCUGAAUGUGACCUGCUGGAAUGACUAGGCUUGGGGCUGGAAUGCUUUAAAGGUGGUGUCUGUGGGCAAGAGGGCAGAGCUGAGGCAUAAACCCCAAACAGAAAUUGCCCCCACUCCUCAAAUAACGGUCUCUUCAGGCAGCUGGAGAGCAUCAGGGCAACUUUACUAAACAUGGAAGUUCCCAUAAGUGCCUGUCCAGUCCAGCCAGGGGGAGUGAUGUCAUUGCCACGUGUUUCCCACUGAGGCACACAAGCCUGCAGGACGCUGGUGCAAUUAAGAGCCAUGUUUAGAAAAGAGCAGCUAACCUGGCCAGCUGGUCCCCAGCAGCCCUGACUUGUUGCUCUUCAAGCCAUCUCUGGAGGCUGUGGUUUCCUUCCAACUGCCUCUGUGCCAGCUUAGAGUGGAGACCUCAAGUCUUCUUUGAGGAUGGAGGAAGCUUAUGGGCAGUGGGCGAUGUUAAUGGACCCCAUGAUGACUCUGAAUAAUGUCACCAUGCGCCAGGGCACUGUGGGCAUGCAGCCACAGCAGCAGCGCUGGAGCAUCCCAGCCGAUGGCAGGCAUCUGAUGGUCCAGAAAGAGCCCCACCCGUACAACCAUCGCAACCACCACUCUGCCAACCCUGAGGACCACUGCCGGCGGAGCUGGUCCUCUGACUCUACAGACUCUGUCAUCUCCUCUGAGUCAGGGAACACCUACUACCGUGUGGUGCUCAUAGGGGAGCAGGGAGUAGGCAAGUCCACCCUGGCCAACAUCUUUGCAGGCGUGCACGACAGCCUGGACAGCGACUGCGAGGUGCUGGGAGAAGAUACAUAUGAGCGCACCCUGAUUGUUGACGGGGAAAGUGCCACAAUUAUACUGCUGGACAUGUGGGAAAAUAAGGGAGAGAAUGAAUGGCUCCAAGACCACUGCAUGCAAGUUGGGGAUGCCUACCUGAUUGUCUACUCCAUCACAGAUCGAGCGAGCUUUGAGAAGGCAUCUGAGUUGCGAAUACAGCUCCGCAGGGCCCGACAGACAGAGGACAUUCCUAUCAUUUUAGUUGGCAACAAAAGUGACCUAGUUCGGUGCAGGGAGGUGUCUGUAUCAGAAGGGAGAGCAUGUGCUGUGGUGUUCGACUGCAAGUUCAUUGAGACCUCAGCAGCUGUCCAGCACAACGUGAAGGAGCUGUUCGAGGGCAUCGUGCGGCAGGUCCGCCUACGUCGGGACAGCAAGGAGAAAAAUGAGCGGCGGCUGGCUUACCAGAAACGGAGAGAGAGCAUCCCCAGGAAAGCUCGGCGCUUCUGGGGCAAGAUCGUGGCCAAAAACAACAAGAACAUGGCCUUCAAGCUCAAGUCCAAAUCUUGCCACGACCUCUCUGUGCUCUAGACACCAAGCAUCACCCAGAUGUCCUCCUGAUGGACAUCGUCAAAGGCCACUGGGACCAAUAAUCUAUAUUAGAUUGAAUACUUAAGUAUUGUUAGAUGUGGCUUCCCUCAAUGCAGCUGGGAAUGAAUAUGUUAGCCUCAUGGGCAACAAAAUGCAUGGGAAAUGAAAGAUCUUUGUAAACAAUUAGUAUUUAUUUAUCGAAAAAUGCUGACUUUGCUAAGUGGACACUUAAUGCUCAUUGUGGGACAUGUUUGGUGUUCACAUGUUUUUUUUUUUUUUUUGCUCCUUUGGAUAGUAGAGAAUCAAAGCUUACAAAAGAAUGCCUAGAACAAGAGCUUUUCAUCACUAAAAUUUUGCCCAGUGUUCUUGCCAUUGGGUGAUAAACGAACAUGGGAACACUGAAAGGAUUUAUUCAAAGGAGGAGAACUGUCCAUGUACCUUAUCUCCAUGGAGCUAGAAUUGUAAGAACUGGGCUCAUCAUGGUCAUGACUAUCAAUGCUCCAUCAAACUGUGAAAAGAAAUGAUGGAUCUUGCUGGAAACUAAAGCUUAAGCUAACAAUUUUUGUGUAAUGCUUACAGAGAUUUGUGGUAUUGGGAACUAAUGUGUGUACCAUUUAUAGGUUCAAAACAUGUAUCUUAUGUGUCUUACAAUUUUUUAUUUAAGGGAAGGUUAUUUUCAACAAAUUCUACUUAGUAAAAUCACCUUUUGUGUUUCAUUGUUUUUGAAAUCAUGGAGCUAACAUAAAAAUAUUUUUAAAAUCUGAAUUAUUGAUAACCUGGAGUAUAAAAUGCCAAAUUUUUAAAUAGAAUCAAAGGCUAAAUUUUUAUAAAAUAUAUAAAAACUUCCAGUAUUUUGAGUUAGCCCUUGUAUGCUACAGCUCUGCUCUAUUUAUUAUUUUGCAAAAUAACCAUUUUAACAUUUGAUAAAGCAUAUUUAUGAACAUAUUUCUUAAUAAGAAAAAUGUCCAUUUUAUUACCAUUUUCUAUCUUUUUCAAAAUAUACAAGUUUUUACCUUAUAUGUCUUAUAAUAAAAGAAAUAAAAUCUUUGAAAACAAA